AUGUCUGACAAUCACGAAGAAGAGUCACAGGCUCUGGAAGAGCGAUUCAAAUCCGCUCUCUGGCUCGCAAUUGGCAAGAUUGUCGAUGAAGAAACCAUGCAACUCGACGUCAAUGCCACUCCUCAGUUUAUCGGUGCCUUGACGGAGAUGGUAUGGGCUCAGAUUGAAACCGCCAGUCAGGAUUUGGAAGCAUUUGCUAAACAUGCGGGGCGAUCUACUAUCAAUGUCAAUGAUGUGAUGCUGCUAGCGCGACGCAAUGAAGGUCUAGAGUCCAUUUUGCGCGCGUUUGCUGAUCAGCAGAAAGAGUUGGCUCAGCAGCAGCAACAGCAACAAUCUCGAGAUGGCGACAGUGACUGA